UCGCAUACGGGGGCAGCACAGUGGUCGUGCUCUUCCCGCCUGGCUUGAUUGAGUUCGAUCAGGACCUGCAGCACUUUAGCGCGGUGCCUGUCGAGGCAUACAUCAAGGUCGGGGAGAGCGUCGGCAGGACGGUGCAGUGAACGUUGAUGAGUGCGUCGAGUGCAAGGCAGGAUGGAUCGAGAAAAACCCGUCCAGCGGAUAUGGUAUCCGGAGGAUACCGCAUGUAACACACAACUAUGGUUACCUUGCUCAUGUGGCGGUAUACCAACUGAUAGGCGUUACCUCGCGUGCUAUGUAUACCUAGCUCUUGUAUCGAUGAACUCCAAUAAUAUGGUAUGCUUGUACUCUCACGCGGGUAUCAUAGAUCUACAGGGGGUACUCGACGCCGCCAAGAGCCUUCAAUCAUUCACAUCACAACCAAUCAUGGUCCGUCCAACUCCCGCGAUCUUUCCCGUUUGUGUGCGAGCGAGCUCGGCAUGCUUGAUUGGCGGUGGAUUGGCGCUCUGUGUUGUGCAGAAUCGUGCCUACGGGCCUCGAAGUAGCUUUGGCUUCCGAUGGCCGGAAGAUCAGUCGUGAAAUGUUCCUUAGAGAACCCAAAACCAGGGUGGAUGCCUUGCGUUAUCGAGCGAUCGAGGGUAGUUUGACUUUGGGCG